CUGCCGAGCACCCCUCUCUGCUCUCACCUUCUCUCCCCUUCUCUUGCCUGCCCUCCCAGGGCCCCUCCACACCACACCCAUGGCCUGCUACGACCUCUGCCGCCCCUGCGGACCCACCCCGCUGGCCAACAGCUGCCACGAGCCCUGUGUCAGGCAGUGCCAGGACUCCACCGUCCUCAUCCAGCCCUCCCCCGUCCGCGUCACCUUCAUAGGGCCCAUCAUGACCUCCUUCCCCCAGAGUACCUUCGUUGGAUCCACCGCAGGGGCUGCCCUGGGCACGGAGCUCAACGUCCAGGGACAGCCCAUCUCCGGCGGCUUUGGGGUCGGAGGCUACGGCCUGGGCUAUGGCCGUGGCUUUGGCUACGGCCUGGGAGGCCUGGGCUGCUACGCCAACAGGGGCUGCUACGGCACCUGCUGAGGCCCCAAACAACUGCCCCAACAACAACCACCCAGGACCUGGGAGUCACCAAAUGGAACAGGGAUUCAUCUCCGUGCCCAGGCUCUCCAAUGGGCUCAGCACUUCCAGCUCCUGCUCUCAGGGCUCCAACCAAGGAAGCAGCCAAGGGGCCAGCCUGCGCUGUCUGCAAACAUGGCCUUGAUCGUGGGGCUCUGGCAAAAUCUGCUACAACAAAAAUACCUCGGCUGACGGUUGCCCUAUUGCACCUCACACCAGACCCCUUCCACUGUUUCCUCUUCCCUUUUCACUCUUUUGUCUCAAUAAAGUUCUCCUGCAGCAGAACAU